GGCUUCGGCCCCGGCGCGACGGAUCGAGGGCCGCGAAGGAGGCGACGCCGAGAUGGGCUGCGGGGCGGCAGCCGGUGCCUCGGGAGCGCCGGGAAAGGCAGGGAGAACUGAGAGGAAAAAAGAGAGAAACGCGGGCAGGAGGCUGCCAGGAGCCCGCUGGCAGGGCGUCCGUGCCCCGAUGCAGGCGGAGGAGCUGCGACCCCCAUUAGCCGCCCGGCCUGGCCGUGCGUGGUCCUGGUGCGGGCGAGGGGUGCCGGGCGCCCUGCCGCAGCCCGGGGCCGGUGGGAGGGUCCGAGGCCGCGGCGGAGGCCGGGGCGCUGCUCUCCGCGCUGCUCUCCGCGCCCCUCGGCGCUGGGGGCGACGUGCCCACCCGCUGGGCGAAGCCUCGGAGCGGGGCGCCCGGGAUAUUUGCUGGAUGUUCGUGGCUGUGCCUGACCCGCCCCGGCCAGGCGAGCGGGUGCGAAGCUGGCGCCAGGCAGCGCCCGGGGCGGGCGAGACCCCCCAGCCCCCACGAGCGCCUCAGAGGGCGCAGGGCACCCGCGGGCUCCGCUCGGACCGCCGGCAGCGGCGGGGCUGGGAGAGGCGUCCCCGCACGGCCACGUUGCCGCAGCGCAAGGCGCCGGGCCGUUACGGAAAGGAGCCCCGGCCGCACGGCGGGCCCCGAGAAGAGCCCAGGAGCCCGGGUGCCGCAUCGGGGCCGGGGCCGGCCGGGUGCCUCUCGCGCCGUUUGUCUUUGCAGAUCCCAAAGGCGAGAUGCUGCCGGCGCUGAUGGAAGAGUUUUGGGAGGGAGAUGAUGACAGGCUGAUGAAAACCAAUCAAACAAUGAAGUAAUCAUAAAUCCCCGGUGCCAGCGGCGAGGCGCGGAGAACGCGGGAGGAGCUGGCGGAUGGAGUAGCCGAGCACAACCAUGAGUGCGGGUUCGAUUGAGCAGGAGCCGUCGCGCAAGCUGGCCUGCUGCGGGGUGCCCCUCAUCACCGAGGACAUGCAGUCGCUGGCCAUCCGCACCCUCUCGGGCACCGACAUCAACAAGCACUACGACCUCAUCCGCGAGCUCGGCAAGGGCACCUACGGCAAGGUGGACCUGGUGUCCCACAAAAGCACAGGCACUAAGAUGGCCCUGAAGUUUGUGAACAAGAGCAAGACGAAGCUGAAGAACUUCCUGCGCGAGUUCAGCAUCACCAACACGCUUUCCUCCAGCCCCUUCAUCAUCAAAGUCUUUGACGUGGUCUUCGAGACGGAGGACUGCUACGUCUUUGCUCAGGAGUAUGCCCCCGGCGGGGACCUCUUCGACAUCAUCCCGCCUCAGGUGGGGCUCCCCGAGGACAUGGUGAAACGGUGCGUGCAGCAGCUGGGCCUGGCCCUGGACUACAUGCACAGCAAGAACCUGGUGCACCGCGACAUCAAGCCGGAGAACGUGCUGCUCUUCGACCGCGACUGCCGCCGCGUCAAACUGGCCGACUUCGGCAUGACCCGCAAGGUGGGCUGCCGGGUCAAGCGCAUCAGCGGCACCAUCCCCUACACGGCGCCCGAGGUGUGCCAGGCCGGCCGGGCCGAGGGCUUCACCGUGGACACCAGCAUCGACGUGUGGGCUUUCGGGGUGCUCAUCUUCUGCGUCCUCACCGGCAACUUCCCCUGGGAGGCGGCCUCGGCCUCAGACACCUUCUUCGAGGAGUUUGUGCGGUGGCAGAAGGGGCGCUUGGCGGGGCUGCCCUCGCAGUGGCGCCGCUUCACGGACAACGCCCUGCGCAUGUUCCAGCGCCUGUUGGCCCUCGACCCCGAGAAGCGCUGCCCCAUCAAAGAGGUCUUCUACUUCAUCAAGUACGACCUGAUGUCCGAGGUGCGCCGCCGGCCCUCCUACCGCUCCCGCAAGCACGCCGGAGACAAGCUGGCGGCCGGCCCCCACCGCCACGAGACGCCCAGCUCCUGCACCCCCACGCCGCUCAAGAGGACCAUCCUGACCGAGGGGAGCGGCCCCCGGCUCUCCGGCUCCGAGCCGGGCGCCUCCUCCCCAGGGACGGCGAGCAGGACAGACGGACGUCAGGACAAAGGCAAAGGGCAGAUGGUCCUGGCCACAGCAAUAGAGAUCUGUGUCUGACGGCGCCGGGGGCGGCACGCGGCUCCCUCACGGCGCGGCGCGGCUCCGCUCUGGGCGGCCUGCGGAUAUGAUGUCAGCCUGUCCCUUCGCCCUGCCCGCGGGGAGAGGGAUGGCCCAGGGUUUCAUUUUUGGUUACGGUAGGAGAAGGGACCGGGAUUCGUGUCUCCCAAAGCAAAAAAAGAAAAAAAAAGAAAAAAAGAAAAAAAGGAAAAAAACACAAAAGAGGAAAAAAAACGAAACUGGUUGCACUCGGCAGCACUGAGGAUGCUGAUCCCUCCAGCCGCCGCAGGCGAGGCCGGGCCGUGGGCGGCGCGGGGAGCCCGGCCACGGGGCACCGGGCGCCUGCCGGGGAGGACGCUCGCUGCUCCCGUCCCCUGCCGGGCCGGGAAGGCCGUGGCCACGCGACCCUGCGAUUCCGGCCCUCCCGCCGAGGAGGGCUGGGCCGAGUUCCUCUCCGCGGCGGCGUGGGGACGGCUCACCGAGUAAUAAUAAUAAUUAAUAAUAAUAAUAACAAUAAUGAGCAGGGGAGGCGAGCUGGGGUGGGGGGAGGCGGGGGGGCCACGUGGGCAGGUUCACGGGUCGCCUGAGGCCCUGGCACCCCCAGGGAGGGAGCCCUGCCCUUGCUGCCGCCCCCGAGAGCGGGGCAGGCCGAGGACAGGGGAGGGCCCAGGGCAGGCCCUGCCUGCCGGCGUGCCCUGCGAUGGCCGGCCCGGCUGGCGGCGUGCCGGGCGCGAAGGAAGGCUAAUGACCCCAGUCCGUGGAGGAGGCCUUUGGAGAGGCUCGAGCGCGCGGUGGUUUCACCCCUGCCCCGCGAGGGGAGGGUGAGGCGGGCACUAAGCCUGGCCGCGGUAGCACCCGGCCCGGCCGCCCCGGCUCCCCUCACCCCAGGCCGGCUCCCCGCGCGGGAGGCUCUGCCCGCCCGGCGGCCGAGCGCUGGCAGCCAUCGAUGUAGCAAGCGUCAAUAUGUUGUGUGUCUUUGUGCGUCAGCCAGCUGCACCCGGCUGGCACCUCACUGUCCCCCGUGCCCCCACCCCACAGGAGAGCCGGGCACUGGCCCAAAAGCAGGGAUGGCGGCAGCCAGAGGGACUGGUCGUCUCCACACUAGGGCCUAGGGGCUCCUCACGGCCGUAGGAGCUCGGAGGGCUUUUGGUGGCCGCGGUGCCAGGCGGCGGGGGUUUGGGGCAGCCGGCCCCGUGGCGGGGGCUGCGGGCAGCGUGGCCUGGAGCUCAGCAUGGCUCGAGGUAUCCCGACCCGGCGGGACACCCGGGAGCCAGCGGCCAGCAGCGAAGCCCAGAGCUGCUGUGCCCCGGGCCUCUGCGGAGGACGCGGUCGGAGCUGUAAGGCCUGGGCGGAUUUGCAGACUUUCAUGUACAGGGUGACUAGAAACCGCGGUGGUAGCCACAUCUCCAGGGCAGGCCUGGAAGCUCCUGCACAACCUCGGGGGCAAGGGAGGGGGCUUUGAGUGGCCUCCCAAGGUCCCCCGCAUCUCCCAAGCUGUCCCCAUCUCCCCACCCUUGCUGUCACCCCCUCCCUGGACCCCCGGGCGGAGGCGGCCCCCGCUGCCCUGGGGCGGCGAGGCGGCAGCGCUGCUCAGCGCCCCUGAGCCGGGCCGGGCCGCCAGGCUGGCCGAGGCAGGGCUGCGGUGGCAGGAGCCGCUGGCGGCCCCGUAACACCGAGCACUUGGGGUCGGCACAAACCUCCCUGCUGGCACCCCUCUCCCCUCCGGACCCACAAAUUACCGCACAAAGGGCUAUAACGCUAUCAAGAAGCAACAGCAGUUUACACAGCAGACACACGGCAGGUGGGGGCCUCGCCGGACCCCCCGCCCCGGCCGCAGGGCCGCCGGCAGGGACUCGGCAGCAGGCCAGCGUGACUCCCGCGCGGCCGCGGGCUGCGACCGUGCACCACUCUGCGGGCCGCCGGGCGACCAUCGCCAUGGCCCCGGCUGCACUGAGCCGGGCACCUGGCCCCGGAGCUGCACCGCCGGCACGGGCCCCGGCGUCACUGCCUCCGUCCCUCCUCCACGUCGCCCUCCCCUCGCCCCGUCCCGCUGUGCCCGCCGGGCACUCGCCCGCCCCUCCGUCGGUGUCACCCGUCGUGCUCUGGGGUGCCAGGGCUAAGGUCUUUUUUUUAGAAGUAGCACUGCACAGAUUUAGAGAUGUUAGGCGCGAUUUUUCUCCUUUUUGCCUUAGGUCCCUCAAUGUCCUCGAUCUUUCGUGCAAUAAUGUAGAUAAGGAAUUCCGACCACCACCUAGAAGGGUUAUUUUUACUUUUCUGGUCAGUUUGUCCCUUACAGGGGUGUGCGCGUGGGUGUGAUUUUCGUUUCCAUUGAGGUCGCUGUGUUGGUAGGUUGUCGGGUGUUUAUUUUAAAUCCCCUCGGCUGUCGGGUUUCGGACCUUCUUCCUGUAGGAGAGGUUGUAGUGUCACAGACGUUACCUCAGUUUGUCACUGUUGAAAAGGAAAAAAACAACUAAAAACGUGAAAAAAGACAAAAAAUAACAAAAAAUAUCGUUAUAAAAGCAAAAAAAAAUCUCAAUGGCAGUGAAGACUUUUUUUUUUAAAUAAAACAAAAGUGAUGCUUGUGUUGCAAA